GCCGUCUUUCGUCCUCCCCGGGAGCUGCAGCCAUGAAGGUCGAGCUGUGCAGUUUCAGCGGGUACAAGAUCUAUCCCGGCCAUGGGAGGCGCUACGCCAGGACCAACAGAAAGGUUUUCCAGUUUCUUAAUGCAAAAUGCGAGUCCGCAUUCCUUUCCAAGAGAAAUCCUCGGCAAAUAAAUUGGACUGUCCUCUACAGGAGAAAGCACAAAAAGGGACAGUCGGAAGAAAUUCAGAAGAAAAGAACUCGUCGUGCAGUCAAAUUUCAAAGGGCCAUCACUGGUGCAUCUCUUGCUGAUAUAAUGACCAAGAGGAAUCAGAAACCUGAAGUUAGAAAGGCUCAACAGGAACAAGCUAUCAGGGCUGCUAAGGAAGCAAAGAAAGCUAAGCAAGCAUCUAAAAAGACAGCAAUGGCUGCUGCUAAGGCACCCACAAAAGCAGCCCCUAGCAAAAGAUUGUGAAGCCUGUGAAGGUUUCUGCUCCCCGAGUUGGUGGAAAACGCUAAGUUGACAGAUCCAAAUCUUAAAUAAAGAUUUAACAAUUAUGAAAAAA